AUGAAUACGAAAACUGUGUAUGGAUUGGAAAAUGAUCUCGAUGGUGAUGUAGAUGUAGAUGAAAAUGUAGAGCCUGUGGAUUUAGAUAUUUCAGAAGACGUACAAGAUAAUAAUAUAGAUGUUGUGUAUGAAUCAUUACAUUUAAGCGACGAUGAGGACAAUAUAACAUGGAGGAGACACAUACCAUCCGAUUUACAGAAACCAAUUACUUCUAAUUUAAGUGGGAAAAGAAAAAGUAAUGUGGAAGACAGUACACCUACACCAAAAAGAAGGCACACAUUGUCUACCUCAAGGCGUCGUCCAACAACCCAAAUUAAAGCAUUAUCAAGAUCAGAAUUGGCAGAGAAGUACGAUUUGCUCCUUGACAAAAGAAUCGAUAUGGUCAAUUAUCAAAAUAAGAAAAUGGAAGAAGAACUAAAAAAUUCAAGUAGAAAAGAAAAAAUUAAAGCAGUUGCAAUUAAGAUUAUAAAAAAAUCAUUAUUAUUUUAA